AUGGAGUCUGUUCCUGCCGGCGCGGGGCUGAGGCCGCGCAGCUGCGGAGCGGCAAGCACAGCUCGGCACACCUCGGCCUCAAGGAGCAAUGCAGCGCCACCCCGCCAACGCAUUUUGCACCGUGCGGGGUCUGAAUUGUCGCGGGCGCCCUCUGCCUCCUCACCGGCCUGCGCACAGGUUUUCUCACAGUGCUCGCCCCGGCGCGGGGCCGUGUUGCUAAGUUUGCGGCGGCGAGGAAGGCCGCGACCGUGCAGAGCCCGCGGAUCCACGGGGUACCGGCGCGGUCACGUAGGCCCGACACCCCGUCCGGGCGCGUCGGCCCAGGCCAGCUGCCCACUGCCUCACCACAACGGUCGAAUGAGCGGUCGUGCACAUGAGUUCCACCCGUCUCGCACAAGACGAAGAAGCCGCAUUGGCUCUUUUGUGAGCGGGGGUUUCGCGCGGAUGCGGGCGGCUGCUACGCGCUCUUUGGCUUGUCACCGCGACGCUACGCACCGGUGGGGUGCUCGGAGCCACCGCCUUUGGCGCGGACUCGAGCCGGAGACCGCACGCCGGCUGGCUGCUGCGCCUUCCCAGCCAAGGACAUUCCCCGGCGGCCUCUUGCUGGGUGUUGUGGGUGCGGGGUUUCGGCGAGGAAAGGACCUUUGCCUGCGUACGAGCAUACCACCGGUCGAAGGAAGAAACGCAGGCCCCGAGGCGAAGGGCGGAACGCUCCCAUUGUGA